UUCAAGUUUGCUACUCCUUUCGCGGCGACACACGCUCCACACGCCGCAGGCAGCGUCGUGACGUUCGAUUACCCCAUGACAAGUGAGCGCUAUCCAGUCGAAUAGCGCGCAAUCCCAGUUCUCGCACCGUAACUGUCGAUUCGAGAGGCCGCGGAAGUCGCGAAUUUGCGCAGCCGUUCACCAUGUUCCGCCAACGGACAAGUUCUCAGAAGCCCGAUGAUGAGCUAUUGGCCAGUUUCAAGCAGAUGUUCCCGGAGGUGGCCGUAGCCGGUUCAUCCACUUCGGCGCCAGCUCCCGCUAGAGCAGCAACCGCGCGCCAUGGCGAUGUCCCCGUUUCCGGACAAGAAAGAUCUCAUAGUCAGGGUCACGACGUGUUCCGGGACCAAGAUCCGACACCACGAGCAUCAAAUGAUCCCUGGCGCUUUACGCCAUCGCUAUUAGACUCCAGUUCGCUCUCCUUCGCCAGCUUUGGAAAUCAGCCGUCAGGGUACUACCCCCCAACUCCCGGAGGGACCAACACUCUGUACCAUCCUCAGGCUGGCGAUCUUCACACGCCCACCCUCGGCCUGGGCAUGGGUCUUGGAACUCCUCUGUCUUUGCCGAACUCUGAUGGCGCGGUGCCCUCCGGUACAGGCGCGAUGGACAUGUCCAGCUUCCAUCAUGGCUUCCACCCUCAACAGUUCCAGCACUUCAACGCGUUCAUUCAACCUCCGCCUCCGCAGCCAGGGUUUGCGCCAUCGUCUUUCAUACACCAGGACACCGGAUACGAGACGAUGGACCAGGAUGGAUCACCGAUGGACUCCGAUCAUGCCGACGACCGGAUUGGGUCCAUCGACAGCAACUUCCAAGCCCAGGCUCCCAUGGCGGCGUUCCAGGCGAGACAUUUUGGGAUGUCCAUGCCUGUGCCUCUCCCGUCGUCUGCAGAGCAGUUCCGCUUCCACACCGUGCUUAACGCGCCAACUGCAAUGAUCAAACACGCCGACGAGAUUCCUGUGACGUACCUUAAUAAAGGCCAGGCCUACUCAUUAACCGUCGUUGAUACGACACCAACGCUACCUGUUGUCCCUGGCACCCGAUUCCGAACAUUCGUCAGGGUCUCGUUCGAAGACGAGCAGCAACGGCAGAAGCCGGGAAUGUGCUGGAGUCUCUGGAAGGAAGGCCGCGGCACCAACGAGGCCCAUCAAAGAGGAGGAAAGCUGCAGGCGGUCGAGUAUGUCGAAGCAGGACAGCCAGCAGAAGGCGACGACAAGAAGACCCGCAUCGAGCUGGAGACUUCCUCGUUCGACGGGUUCUCAGUCAUUUGGACUCCGGGUGCCAACGGCAACACCGAGUGCAACAUUGCCGUCCGGUUCAACUUCCUCUCCACCGACUUCAGCCAUUCCAAGGGUGUGAAGGGCAUCCCCGUCAGGCUAUGCGCCAAGACACACCAGCUUCCGGCAGAUUCGUCCUCGCCCGCAGCCGCGGAAGGCGCGGCUGAAAUAUGCUACUGCAAGGUCAAGCUGUUUCGCGAUCAUGGUGCCGAACGCAAGCUCUCCAACGACGUGGCACACGUCCGGAAGACCAUCGACAAGAUCAAGCAGCAGAUUGCCCAAGCCGAAAGUGGGAUCAAAGAAUCCGGAAAGAGGAAGAGGGCGGGUGCAUCGCAAAUUAAGGGCCAGGGCGGGCAACGACCGGGUAAAGUGCAGAAGCACAAGCGCACUUGGUCCAUGUCGUCCGCUAGUUCAGCUGGCGGCGGCCCGCGGGUGCCCUUAGAGGAGGAUCUUCACUUCAAGCUGCAGACCUUACAGGAUAUGUUCACCAGCACGAGGCCGGUGAGCGUGCUGUACCUGCGAGGCGAGGAGCAGGACGACCCCGACCUACACCCUGUCUCGCUACCCGGAGAAUCGUUUGACCUCUCCAAGGUGGAAUCCCGUGAGAGUACCGCAUGGCGCAGCGAGCGCAGCGAGCGCAGUUCGGUCGCCGACUCAUCCUUCGUUUCGCCAUCACCUAGUUCGUUGUCUCUCCAUUCCUCACUUGGCGGUGGCAAACCGCAGUGGCAAGACUGGUACAACAGGAUGGGUGACGCCGACCCGUCUGCGCGAGAACAACCCUCAAAGGUCAAGCAGGUAGACGAGGCCGGCAACCUGAUAGGUUGGAUCGAAGCCCUGGGCGUCGACUCGACAUAUCAGCCUCCCCAGGAACGGCCGCCAAAGCCCGUCGCCUGCUUCUACAUUGCCCGGCGAACGGCAACAGAGCCUUCGGGCCAGGAACUUCAUCGAGCCAUCUACCUCACGCAGCGCACGCUGGGCGAAUUCGUUGCUCGCCUCGCGGCCAAGUGGCGUUUUGACGCAAGCCGGGUUGUCCGGACCGUGCAUGUGGUCCAGCCGCGCGGACUCGAGGUAGAGAUGGACGAUGAUGUCAUUCGCCAGCUGCCCGAGGGCCUGGACAUGGUAUUGGAGAUUGCAGAGACCGGCAACGCGGACUCAUCAGGGGUUAAGCGUGAGUGGGAAAUGGCAGUUGAUGUACCGGGCGAGCCGCAUUCGCCAACGUCAUCCAACAGCAACGCAACGAGGUAUGAGCUGCGGUUGGUGUAUUGAUGGGAUAAGCAAGCCAACCAUCCGGCGUGCCUACUGCGCAAGAGGAAUCUAUCUCUCGACUCUGUCUUUAUGCGGCCCGC